AUGGCAAGCACGCAAAGUUACCCGUUGCUCUGCUUAGAGAAUCCUCUCCUUGAUAUCCAAGGAGAAGGAAGUCACGAGAUGAUCGAGAAGUACGGCAUGAAACUCAACGACACAGUCCUUGCAGAGCCACACCAACUGGGUCUCUACGACGAUUUGAUCAACAACCACAACGCAAAAUUGAUCGCAGGUGGAGGCGCGCAGAACACGGCACGAGGGGCACAAUAUAUGCUGCCAGAGAAGAGCGUCUGGUAUGUAGGAUGUGUUGGUGACGAUGAGUACGCAAACAUCUUGAGGGAGGCUUGCAAAAAAGAAGGUGUCCACGUCGAGUAUCGAGUUGAUUCAACCCACAAGACUGGUCGCUGUGGUGUAAUCAUCACUGAUCAUCAUCGAACAAUGUGUACAGAUCUGGCUGCGGCCAAUGAGUACAAGCUCGAACAUCUGAAGCAACCUCACAUCUGGUCCAUGGUUGAGGCGAGCAAGGUGUACUAUGUCGGGGGAUACCAUUUGACCGUAUGUGUGCCUGCUGCCAUGGCUCUAGCUGAACACGCAGCUGCCAACAACAAGCCUUUCAUGCUGGGUCUUGCUGCUGGCUUCAUUCCACAAUUCUUCAAGGAUCAGCUUGCGCAGAUCUUGCCAUACUGUGACUACCUGUUUGGUAACGAGAACGAGGCUCAAACCUGGGCGACCACCAAUGGUCAUGCAGCUGAUACCAGCAUUCCUGAAAUUGCAAAGCUUCUCGCCAACGUUGAAAAGGUCAACAAGCAAAGACCAAGGACUGUGAUCAUUACACAAGGCACCAAUCCAACAAUAGUCGCUGUGACUGGCGAAAAUGAGGUUCGAUCCUAUCCAGUCCUGGCAAUAGACAACAACCUGAUCUGCGACACAACUGGUGCGGGUGAUGCUUAUGCUGCUGGUUUUGUCGCUGGUGUGGUGUCGGGCGACGACAUUGAAACCUCAGUCAAAAAGGGACAGUGGUUGGCUAAGCUGAGUAUUCAAGAACUCGGUCCUUCAUAUCCGUUCCCAAAGAAGACUUACGGUGAGGAUGAGCAAUAG